GUGUUAAUCAACCUGAGCCGUUACCAAUCUGUCAAGCGUAUUUGCCUCCAAGUUUUACCGCCUCUGAUAGCCCUCUUUUCUCAUGCAGCUGCAUGGCGCAGUACUUCUCAUUGACAGCGAGGAGCCGGGAUCAAUAUUUGACUCCUCCUCAUUCUAUAUCCCAGCGCCGCCAGCCCUGUUUCUUGUUUCCCUUGUGCGGUUUCUUUCACGUCUAUAACGUCGGGUUUGCAUCAUGGUCUAGUUAAAGGAGUGCCGUUCCUCACAGCUCACAUCAAGCCGGUGAUCAUGCCGGAACGCAAUCUUCGCCUCCUGUCGCUUGACGGGGGCGGGGUUCGCGGGCUGUCCUCGCUUAUCAUCCUGCAGCAACUCAUGUCCACUAUCAACCGCGACCAUCCUCCCAAGCCUUGUGACUAUUUCGACCUGAUCGGCGGCACCAGCACUGGAGGAAUUAUUGCGUUAAUGCUAGGUCGCUUGCGCAUGGGCGUUGACGAAUGCAUAGAUGCUUAUGUGGCGUUGUCGGAUAAUGUCUUUAAGAAGCGUAGACAUCGGCUCACGCUUAAAGGCAAAAUCCAAGGCCGUUUUGAUAAGUUGGCUUUAGAAAAGGCUAUAAAGUUGGUCUUGGUGGAGCAUGGGUUCAACGAAGAUGAACUACUUCGGGACAACUCUGAUUCAGUUUGUAAAGUUGCGGUCUACGCAACCUGUAAAGAGACUGGAGAUGUUGUUUGCUUCAAGUCAUACCAGGCUACGUCGGUCAACUCACACCUCUUCAAUUCAACAAAGAUCUGGGAAGCCUGUAGGGCCACAUCCGCCGCUACCUCAUUCUUUGAUCCAAUCACCAUUGGGCCCUUUGGGGAAAGUUUCGUCGACGCAGCAGCUGUGGGUGUCAACAACCCAGUGUACUCUGUAUGGAAUGAAGCACAGGAGAUUUGGGGUGCUGACCACCUCGCCGAAAAUCUCAACUGUUUUAUAUCCAUAGGAACUGGCAUGCCGGGUCUUAAACCAUUCAGGGACACCAUUUUUCACAUCAGCAAGACUCUUGCUGCAAUUGCGACGGAAACUGAGAAGACUGCGGAAAGAUUUCGAUGUGAUAAGUUCAAGUUGGCCGAGGAUGGACUAUACUAUCGGUUCAGUGUGAUGAAAGGUUUAGAGACUGUUGGGUUGCAAGAAGCGGUCAAAAAAGCUGAGAUCGCUGCCGUUACUCUGCGAUAUAUUCAGUCGCAAGAAGUCUUUCGGCAGUUCGGCGCCUGUGUUUUGAGAAUGUCGAAAACGAGUCCAGUCGAGAGCAAUACAAGCAUAUCCGCUCAAGUACCUCACGGGUUAUUGCAGACUGACUUUCCGCCAAGAGCGGACGAGCCUACCACCAUAGACCGACCGGCAGAGAGGUCUCAAGAAUUUCAGGGAAGCCUUAGUCUUGCAGGCGUGCCAAUAACGCAGAACUUCGUUCCUCGUUCGGCAGACACUGCAGAAAUGGAGCAGGUUCUCCUGUCUGAUCGGAGAUUUUCUGAACAGACCGUAUAUGUCCUCCACGGCCUCGGAGGCAUGGGGAAGACAACGCUUGCUGCUGACUUUGUUCGGAAACAUCACACCAAGUUUUCUGCUGUAUUCUGGCUAGACGGGAGAACCGAACAGAAUUUGAAGCGCAGCAUUGCGAUGUGUGCGAUUCGAAUCCCAGACCAGGCCAUAUCAGAGCAGAGCCGCAAGGACUUAUCGCAUGGCGAUGUUAGCGUCGAUGUUGUUCUCACUAGAGUCAUGAGUUGGCUUGAGCAAUCAGGCAAUUCAUCGUGGCUGCUCAUCUUCGAUAAUGUCAAUAAAGACGCCCACAAUCAAGAUGAAGAUGACUAUGAUUUAUCUCGUUAUUUCCCCGCUUCCCAUGGAUCGAUAUUGGUCACAACUAGGCUCUCACGCCUUGCGCAACUAGGCUCGUCCGGAAGACUGGACAAAGCGAAAGACGUGGAAGCUCGUUCCAUUUUCGAAAAAUGGUAUGGAAGCGAGUUAUGCGACGUAAACAUCGAUAGACUUCUUAGGGAGCUCGAUGGGCUGCCACUGGCUGUGGCUCAAGCUGCUGCGUAUCUUCGGGAGACAGAUAUGAAAUUCGCAGAUUACUUGCUAUACUACAAAAAGCAAUGGAAAGAUUUGAUGGAAUACCAGGGGGCUUCGAUACUCUACCAUGCUAACCGGAAUAUAGCUACUACCUGGUUGAUAUCGCUUCGGACAAUACAGGCGAAGAACCCGGAUUCCAUUAACUUGCUCCGUGUUUGGGCGUUUUUGGACAACAAGUCUAUGUUCUAUGGACUUCUCAGUGGAGCGGCCAAGGCCAGUAGCAACGUAUUCCCAGAAUGGCUUCGGGCCCUCGCAACGGACAAGCUCAAGUUCAUCGAAGCUACCAGGCUGCUGUUGAGUCACUCCAUGAUCGAGAUGAUUCAAGGAGACUCUGUCUGCUAUUCCGUACACCCAGUGGUCCAUAGGUGUGCAGCUGAAGUUGAUCUAACAAAACCCGAACAACUUGAGUUCCUUAAAACAGCGAUCUCGCUAGUUGGGCUAGCUGUGCCCGAAACAAAGAACUCGGACUAUUGGACGGUAUCCCGGAAGCUACUUCCACAUGCUACCUUCUGCUCACAGCUGCUUCUUUCGGCGCAAGACCGACUCGGUGAAAAGGUGGAGGCUUCCUAUGGCCAUCAGCCAACUGAUGACCUUCAAUCAACCGAGGGGAAGAUUGAAAUUUCCCCUAUAGCCGAAGCAGCGCAUCGCUUGGCAGACUUCCACCGAACUCAUGGGAACUUGCUAUUAGCUUAUGAUUUAUACAAGUAUACGCUUGAAAGCAAGAAGUCCACUGGUGGCCCGAAGCACUUGUCGACGCUGGACACUGUGAACAACCUGGGUGUGCUUUGCCAAGGUUUGGGAAAACUUGAUGAAGCGGAAUCUAUGUGUGUUGAAGCGUUGCAAGGCAGAGAGGAGCUUCUAGGACCCGACCACAUGGCCACACUUGGCUCCGCUAACAACCUCGCACUAGUAUACCUCGACAAAGAUAAACUCGAGCAGGCUGAGAAUUUGUUCCGGCGCGCUUUCAAGACUCGAGUAGAAGUCCUUGGGCUGACUCAUCUUUAUACGCUCAGGGUUUGGGCGAACCUUGGCCUAGUCUACACGAAGAAAGGUGAUUUCAACGAGGCAGAAGCCACGUUACAACAAGUUUUAAAGGGGUACGAGAUGACGAUCGGGCCCGACCAUACCUACACGCUUCGCGUGGUCAACAGUCUGGGACACAUUUUCGAAGACCAAGGAAGGUUGGCGGAGGCGGAAGAGAUGUAUAUGCGAACGCUUGCUGGACGUCGGACGAAUAUUGGGCCUGAUCAUAUCUUGACUCUGCAUACCAUUAAUGAUUUGGGCCACCUCUACCUGCGCCAAGGGAAGCUAGACAAAGCUGAAGAGAACUUAAAAGUUGUCAUGGAAGCGAGGAUCAGGGUUCUUGGUCCAGACAAUGAGUCGACGACGGAGUCGGUAGUUGAUUUAGUCAUGUUUUACUUAGACCAUAAUCGACUGGAAGAGGCAUUAUGUCUUACUAAAAAGGCAAAGGCGCGUAUGAAGAGGUUGAAAGAGCAAUUAGAAGAAUCAAUAAUCGCGCCCGACAGUCGAGUCGGGGAAGAGGAGAAAAAGAAAAUGCUGUCAUUACUUGGACACGAGGACACUACGGAUAAUGCAGUCAGUGAUAGCAUUUCUGCCUCGCAGGAACAAGAAGGCGGCUAUUAUAGGGAGUAUUUACAAUGUAAGUUACCCCGUUGGUGUUUACUCCACGUCAUGUCCAAGCAGAUCAGCCUCCGGCUUUUCGAGUUUGACUUCACUAACCCUCGUACGCGUCAGCUUUUUGCCGCCGUCGUGGGUGGCCAGAUCCCGCUUACGAAUGUUAUAAAGACGCGAGUGGCUAUUCAUGUCUAGUUUUAGUGAACGGACGCGAGUACACAACAGACCUCACCUACGGCUCGCCUGCAUUGGCAAUGGAGAACGCGGCCAUGAGAGCAUUCAUGAUAGUGCGGAAUUUUUCACUCAAUGGUGCAAUGCUCGCGCGGAAUGGAAUAAUUCAGGGACUUCCAGCCAUUAAGUACGGGAGAAGAAAGAAGCCUGGACAGUCACUCUUACAUACACAAUCUCCAUAUCGUGGUGCUCGACGUACUCGUCGAAGACGAUUGGGGAGCCGAGGUAAUCAUUCUAGCUCUAGCUCGGAGGCUGCUUCGUCAGUCUCUAGUUUGGUUUCCAAUAAGUCUGAAAAUUCGAUGGUGAUGUUGUAGAUUUGUAAGUUGGAAGGUUGGUGGGUUGGCUACUUACAUAGCUGUACGUGACGUAUAGAUCUGUAGAGACCCCCCUACCCGAACACAGCAAAUAAUAAUUUAAUGACUUUAUUACUUUAAAUAUUAGCUAAGUAUAUACUUUAUAGUAUAAAAAUAGCCUUAAUUUAAUAAUUUUAUUUAAA